GUGGCCGCUGUGUGUCAUUGUACUCACUGACUCUCUUGCAGUCUUGCUACCACGGUGUGGUGCUGUAGAAAUAGAAUCCCUUCGCAGGGAAGCUUAUUAGUGCUAAUCUCUUUUAAGUCACUCCACCUCUUUGGCUGCCAUCUGCCAAAGGCUCAGUAAAUGGACUGAGAUUUUCAGUGAAUUCUGUAAGCAAGCAACCCUCGGAAUAUAUAAUGCUUAUUACAGAGACCUAGAAAAUGUCUGUGAAGAUGAGAAUGAAUCUCUGUCCUCCUCUUUCUGGACUGACCAAGAAAGUGAAGACCAGGAAGAACGUUGUGUAAAGGAUGACAUGAUGGAGACUGAGUUCGAACUCUACAAGCAGGAAAUCACCAGAGAAGAGGAAUGGUGUAUAAAAGACGUCAGUGUAAAUGAGCAGACAGGAGAAAAGCUGCAAGAAGGUUAUGCUUGCAGAAACAGAGGAGAUAAUCAUUUCGACGAGCAAAGUAAGAAUGAGGAUUCAGAAAAACUAAGCGGUGAACAGGUGAGUCAUCAUGAUGAAAGCAACGUGAAAGCCAAAAUAAAAAAAAAUUAUGAAGACGUAGUGAAGAGAAAGAGUUGUAUAACAGGACCUGAAGAUGUGCAGAGUGAUGAUUAUAUCAAGAAAGGUUGUGCUGAAGAGGAAAUAUCAAGAAAUAAGCACCUAAUACUUGAAAAAUUACAUGAGUUUGUGGAGUGUAAAAAUGAAAAAAUUGAUGGUAAAGAGGAAGGAAAUGAUCCAGACAUAAAUGAAAAGGAGAAUGAAGAGGAAGACCAGAGCAAGUGUUUUUUUGAUGACAUAAGCAUGAGGUUGCAGAAGGAGUCUGAAAGCGAUGAUUUGGAGAGUGAAGAGGAAAUAGAAUAUUUUGUCAGUGAGAUUAGCGAGGCCUUAAUAAAGGGUGAUGAAUCAGAAGGAGAAAGUUUAAAAAUAUCUAAAGAAUGGAAAACUUUUGUAAAUCAUGAUGACAUUAGCAAACCAUUGAUGAAUAAUGAACAGAACUGUACAGAAGGACAAAAAUAUAAGAAGGAUCAAAACACAGAAAGGAGAAAUUCUUUAAUGUUCGAAAAUCAUUCAAAUUCCGACUAUAAAGAUGUCUUAUUUGUAAAUAUAGACAGCACUAACGAAGCAGGGUGGAUUGACGAAACGUAUACUAAGCACAGAGAAAACAACGGCUCUGCUGAGCAGGUUUGUAAGCAUAGUGCUGAUCCAUGUGAUGAGGGAGAAUAUGGUGAGGAUUGCCAUGGUAGUGUGAGCAGCCUUACAGCCAGCAUUUUAACCUCUGGAUAUGGAACCUAUAAACCAGAGUCCCUUAAAGAUGAUCUUGAUGUUGAAGAUGACUUUAGUCUGUUUGGACUGGAGAUAGACACUGAAAACACUCAGGAUGACCCCAUUCUGUCCUGGUAUCAAGACCCGCCUACUUCAGAACCAGCUGAGCAAAAGAAACCGUCAGAGUCAGUAAAUAAAGGUGAUUGGACUGCUUUUGACUCGGUCGUUACUAGCGAUAGCAAUAUGUAUAAUCACCCUGACCGAGUUCAGGGCACAACUGGUGAAAAUAGACUGACAUCUACUUCUGCAUGCACUGAGGAUUCCACUGAGAUUUCUCUUUCUGCAGAAAGUGUUCAUCAUGCAAAAAGUGAGAGGAAAGUCACAGAUAGUAUUCAUCUCAAAGUAACAAGAGAGAAUAACCAAAAUGUGGCAUUUUGCAGUGAAGACUGGAAAGACAUUGAAACGUUUCGUAUAUGCAAAAAACGUACAUUUAACACGAGACACGUUGACUGUAUGACAACAAUAAAAGCUGAAGAUGGACGCACAAGGCAGGAUUUCAACAAGAGAACGCAAGUAAAGUCGCAUCCUUUUAGACAACCAGUAAGUGAGCUAGAACAGCGUUUAGAGCAACUACAAGUUUCUGCUCCUCAUGAGCAAUGUGAAAGUUACUCUGAGAGUGAGGACACAAGCGGCUACAGUGACCGACACAGCUCUGCAACAGAGGAACUACCCACUGCCUUUCAAGUCUACCUUCAAGACAUGACGAGAUCUCGCAGUGAGAAUGACAUCAGACCUUGCCCCAAAUCCUUCAUUCGUCCAGUUAUGGAUCACCCACACACAAGAAACUUGAAGAAAACAGAUCCUGUUGCAAAGUAUUUCCAGUACAAACAAGAGUGGGAGAUGUUUAAGCCGCCUGGAGAGAAACGCAGAAAAGAGCUACACUGGGCCAUCAGGGAACAACUCGCAUACCAGCCUCCACCUCCAAAGCCCCAGAGAACAUAUGUCCCAAACACUUAUGUUGUGCCUACAGAGAAGAAGCGUUCUGCUUUACGAUGGGAAGUUCGAUACGAUUUGGCAAAUGGCAUAAUUCCUGCAAAAACACACUAUACAUAACAUAACUUAAUCAAAUGAUUUUAACCUCCAUAUUAAUUUAUAAGCUUUUUAUUUUUUUCCAUGUUUUCCUUUUGUUGUGUGAAUGAAAUAAUUGUCAUUUAGAUCAGUGUUUAUGAAAUAAAUUUUUUUAAUACAUAAUUGUUC